AUGAAGUGGAACGAUAUACAUCCCGACAAAUUGGUGCUCCAAUACUUGGCUCCUCGUGAAAGAAUGUUUGUCACAUUGACUUCUGACGAAGACUUGGUGAAUAUGGUUACAUUGAAUUUGGUAAUGCACAUGAUUGUGGUCGACAUUGUAGUGAGCCGCACUGAUGAACAUGAUGGGCGUAGAAAGAGGGCCCCCAGCCACGGUGAGUCUGUUAAUUCCAACAGUCCGUUGCAAAUUGAGUACAAUCCGCUUGGAGAUUCAAUUGGUGCAUGGAGACAUUGCAUACAUGAGGAGAAUCAAAUUUUCAAAGAUGCUAAUGAUUUUAGGUUUAUGCUAAAAAAUUACUGCAUUGCUAACAACCGAAGCUUGAAGUACAAGAAAAAUGAUCAACAAAAGAUCAUAGCCGUAUGCAUUGUUGAAAAUUGCAAAUGGAGGCUUUAUGCAUCAGUUCAUAAAUUAGACAAGUUAUUCGGCAUUCGCAAAUGUAUUCUUGAGCACAGUUGUGGUGAUGCUACUCUUCGUACAAGGGGUCAUCCCAAAGCCGAUGCUACGUGGAUUUCGCAACUUAUGAAACAAAAAUUGAGAGAUGAGCCAGGUUACAAACCAAUCGCUAUUUUGAAUGAGGUUCAAAGAAAGUACGGUGUGGAGCUUAAGUACUAUACGGAGUGGAGAGGUAAGGAAAAAGAAAUGUAUGACAUUCAUGGGGAUGAGUCGAACUGUUAUGAUAAACUGAGAUGUUAUUGUCGUGCAUUAAAACUGAAUAACCCUGGUAGUUGUGCCGAUUAUGAGAUUGACCUUCAAACUCAAAAGUUUCUUCGGAUCUUUAUUAGUUUUGGAAAUUCUAUUUUGGGUUUCCACCUUGGGUGUAGGCAAAUGAUAUGUUUGGAUGGGACUCAUAUUAAAAAUAAGUUCAAAGGUUGCUUACUUUCUGUUGUGUCCAAAGAUCCAAAUGAUGAGUUAUACACAUUGGCCUAUGCAAUUGUUGAUGCCGAGAAUGAUAGAAAUUGGGAGUGGUUUUGUAAUAAGAUGAAAGAGAUUCUUGUUUAUCACAAUGGGGGUUUAUUGAAAAAUUACACAAUUUUCUCCGAUCGUCAUUCGGAGCUUAUUAAAGCCAUUCCACUGGGAGGCUAUUUUACUGUUGCCCAGACCAUGGCUAUUCUCAUUGGUGUGAGCCAUUUGAAAUUGGGCAAACUUUCUCCCACAACUAUUCUCGAUAUGAAGAAAGUGAAGCUAUGA